AUGGGUGCUGUGCAUGCACGCCUAAUAAAUCUCCCAAAAACACAAAGCAGAAUCUAGCUAGCAUGGCUCACAACCUUGAUAGAGAAAUAAGAGCUGAAUUUGAACAAUUUGAGCUAGUAGGAAGUAUUAUCACUGAGAAUGAGUUCGGUAGAGGUUCUUAUGCUGUUGUACUAGAGCUAAGUUAUCGAGGCCUGAAAUGUGCCGGCAAGAAGCUUUACCAAGUUCUCUACGAGACUGGAAUCGGGCAUGCAGCACGAAGGUAUCUGGAGGAGUGUCGAUUGCUCAGUCAAACUAGGCACCCCAACAUUGUCCAGUUUUUGGGAGUAUGUUUCGAGGAGGGCUCUCAGUUCCCCAUCCUAGUCAUGGAGUUCCUCCCCACCAACUUGACCAGCUGUCUCGAGCGCUAUGGUAUUCUCCCCGCUGAGAUCAGCUUCUCUAUCCUCCAUGAUGUGUCACUGGGUUUGGUCUACCUUCAUUGCCAAACACCAGCAGUAAUACAUAGAGAUCUUUCAGCCAACAAUGUCCUCUUGAGUACAAACAUGACAGCAAAAAUUUCCGAUUUGGGAGUUGCUAGGAUUGUCAAUCUAACCCCCCAACAGCGAAUGACAGAGACCCCUGGAACCCAAGCCUACAUGCCUCCUGAGGUGAUGGUUGCCGAUCCUCAAUAUGGUGUGAGUGUUGAUGAAUUCUCCUUUGGAGCUUUGAUGGUGCAUGUCUUCACGGCAGAAUGGCCAGCUCCAAAAAUCGGUCCAAAUAGAGUUGACCCAGCCAACCCUAGAAAAGUGAUAGCUGUCACAGAGUUCGAAAGACGAGAAUACUUCAUCCGUAAGAUCGGAGAUCAUCCAUUGUUGAAUCUGAUUAGAAUGUGUCUUAGCAACAAUCCAGAUUUCCGUCCACAUGCACAAGAGAUUUUAGGGAGAUUGAGAGACAUUGUUCUUCAACACCCACCCUCCUUUGAAAACAGAGUGGAGAUGCUUCGUAGAAUCAGCGAAGACGAUGCUCAAAAAAACGAUUUACAGCAGGAAGUGGAGAAAAUAUCGAUUGAAGCUCAAGCUAGUACAGAAGAAAAUGUAAGACGGAUCUGCUCUAUUCAAGAAGAAAUUUCCAAUCUAAAGGCUGAGUUAUUAAGUACCACACUAGCCUAUUCAGUCGAAAUUGAACAGGUAAAAUUACAAGCUGCUAACCAAGAAGGCAUCGCCUCAUUACGAGAAGCUGAAAACUCUAGCUUAACUAGUACAUUAAAGGAUACCAAAGAAGAGGCAGAAGUGCUACAACAACAGGUAUCUGCACAGAAGGCAACGCUGAGCAUACAAGAAACGGAGCUAUUUGAAAAGACAGCUGCAUACGAGAGAAAAAACGCAGAGUGCGAGUCACUUAACCCAAUCCUAAGAUAUACUAGAGAUGCUUUGGACAAAAAAGAAGCUAUCAUUAUGGGCCUUAACAGACAAUUGAGUAGAACAAGAGACUACCUCACAUCAACAUCUUCACCACAGUGUGUACAAGCUUCCCUCUCUUUCAGCCGGUGUGCUAAACAUGCUCCAACUGCCCUGAUUGGUGGACGAGCAAUCGUUAUUGCAGACACCCUAUACUACAGUGGUGGAGAAUUCACAAGCAAUCACCAUAUCACAAGCGCAAUGAAAGUACAUCGAUACAAUUUACACAAUGAGGAGUGGCAAACCCCAAUACAAAAUAUGUAUUGUGCAUUUUUCAGCCUUGGAUGUAUCAAUGGCACGUUGGUCUCAAUAGGAGGAAUUGCUCCAGUAUACAAUCAUGUAGUUGGUGACAUGUACAAACAAAUUGUGCAUCGAUCAGGUGAAAGUAUAUUUAUUGAUACAGAGACACCCAUGCCGACCCCUAGACGUACACCAACAGUCAUCAGCCAUCCGUCAUGCCUUAUCGUAGCCGGAGGAGUAAUAAGUACAACAAAUCAUACCUGUACAGAUGCUGUGGAAGUAUACAAUACCAAAACAAAUUCGUGGAGUCAAGUAGACAAGUUGCCAAUUAAUUGUUGGCAUGUAACAGGGGGAGUUCAUUCGAAUGGGAACGUAUAUCUAAUGGGCGGUCGUAACAAAGAAGAGCGACUUAAUAGAGCAUUCAUUACUUCCCUUGAGAAUCUGAUGUCUGAGAAAUCAACGGAUAGUAACACUGCCGCUGAAUCCAUUUGGAGCGAGAUACCUAAUACACCAGUAUAUUGGCCAUCAGUACUUAUCGCAUCGAAUAUAAUCUUAGCCAUAGGGGGAACCACAAGUCAAGAUGUUUUUAACAAGCAAAGGGUGGAAACUAUUUAUGCUUACUCGAUUUCAUUGGGCUCGUGGAUUCACAUCAGUGAUUUACCAACAAAAAUGUCAGCUGCUUGUAUAGCAUCUAUUUCUCCAGCUGAAUUUUUAGUUAUUAGUGGUGCACAAAAUGGUAGUGAUGAGUGUACAACAACUGUUUACAAGGGGACAUUCAACAUGUCGCUAUAAGCACCCCAAAGACACUAGAUCUUUAAGACAACAUAAAUUAAAGGCAGUAUAGUUUCUUUUUGUACAAUUACCAACCGUGGAUGUACAUUUUGAAUUAAGAAUUCUGAACGGA